AGAACCAGCCUCUCCACGUGCAAGAUUCAAGUGUAUGCACGGCAGUUCCACCGUCGGACAACGAACCGGUUGCUUCGCCAGCUUUUCUAUUGGAGGACCCGUCAACUUGGACGAGACUUGACGAACUCGACCAGUUGACGGUUGAGGACUUCCAAUGGUUGCCUCUUCCCUCCACCGGUUCUUUACCAACUCCGCAUUGCAAUGCCCUGAUGGCACAUCUACGCGAAUACUUGCACGCUACAAUACCACCUCUGUCGACGGACGACGGAGUAGCGGUUGUUGAUCUUUGUAACUAUCUUGCGAAGAUCGACCGCGAGUGCGCAACGCAACGGUACGUCGACAACGACGCGCCGCUCCUCUACAUUCGCAUUCAGAUCGGAAAGGCGACUUGCAGUGCCUUGAUCGAUUGUGGAGCGACUCGCAACUACAUCAGCCAAGACUUCAUGGCACACGUCGAGCUUGGCCCGCGCUUCUCUUCGUCCGGAAGAAGAACAAGGACCUUCGUUUGUGCAUCGACUACUCGGAUCGACGAUCUUCUCGAGCGACUAGGCGGCGCCAAGUACUUCUCAAAGCUUGACCUCAAGUCUGAAUAUCAUCAGAUUGAGAUCCAGCCAAGAGACCGGUACAAAACCGCGUUCAAGACGCGAUAUGGGAACUUUGAGUGGAUCGUCAUGCCUUUCGGUCUCACCAAUGCCCCGGCUACUUUUCAAGCGGCCAUGACGACAAAAUUUCGCGACUUACUGGAUCGCACCGCGCUCAUUUACCUCGAUGACAUCUUGGUUUACAGCCGGACGCUGGACGAGCAUCUCGAGCACCUUCGCGCCGUUUUGGAGCGGCUUCGUAUCGCCAAGUACAAGGCCAACCGCGACAAGUGCGAGUUUGCCCAGCAAGAGCUGGAGUACUUAGGCCAUUACGUCACGCCGCAAGGCAUUCGUCCGCUCGCGGACAAGGUGCAAGCUAUUCAAGAUUGGCCGGACCUCAAGUGUACUACCGACGUCCGCUCCUUUCUCGGCUUGGCAUCGUACUACAUGCGCUUCGUCAAAGGAUUCCAACGUAUCGCUGCACCAUUGUCGCGACUUCAGUCCCCCUUGGUGCCCUUCGAGUUCAGCGACGAGGCCCGACACUCGUUUCACACGCUGAAGACGGCUUUGCUUCAAGCUCCCAUCUUAAGCAUCUACGACCCGACUUUGCCCACCAAAGUGAUUACGGACGCUUCCCGUUAUGGCAUUGGCGCGGUUUUGGAACAGCAUGACUUCACAGACUGGCAUGCGGUUGAGUACUUCAGCCAAAAGGUGCCGCCCAUCAACACUCUUGAUGAUGCGAGGAAGAAGGAACUCCUAGCUUUCGUCACUGUACUUAAGCAUGGGCAAACGGAACAUGCGCACCAUACUGCGCAGAUGAUGCUCCGCACACUAAUCCGCCCGGAUCAGAAGGACUGGGUUGACCGCCUUCCCGACAUCGAGUUCGCCUACAACACUUCGGUGCACGUGGCGAUCGGCGUGACUCCAUUCGAGUUGCACAAUGGUGGACGGAAAGGACGUAUCUUCGCAGACAUUUUGCUCCCACGGGCUGCCGAUAUAGACGCCGCUUGCUCCCCCGCUUCUACAAGGAAGUUCAGGGAACUGCUGGCCAAAGCCCGCGCAAACAUGCAAAAGGCUCAGUGCCACAUAAGCAGUGCCACGUCAGCAGUGCCACAUCAGACACAGUGCCACGUCAGCAACAUGACGGGCUCACUUCUGGGCAUGCCAGGCCAACUGGCAAAUGAAUCCAUUGCUGAAUACCGACAGCGGUUCGAAAAUCAGCUCGCACUAAUCGCGGCUGAAGAACAACGCCAGUUGGCAGUCAAGGCUGCCCAGCUACAGGCUGACGAAGCCGCAGCAGCAGAGAAGCUCCGGCUACAAGCUGAAGCAGACGCAGAAGCCCAGGCUCGCCGCAAGGAAGCCCGGGAUCUGCUGCAGCGGCAUGAAACAGCCAGCGUGGACAGACUCAAAUUCUGGCACUUUGAACCCAACGGCGACGACGCGACACCGGAAGAGCAGCAUAAGGAGUUUCUCUCCAAACUCGUGACACGGCUGUUGUACACUUGCAACUACCAACAGUCCGAGUUGGAGAAGCAGUACCAGAACCUGAUGCAACAGGAUCAGGAGUUGGCGAAGCUCCGCCACACAGUGCAGAGCCACGAGGACGCAACUCGGGCACUCAAUGCCCGAAUGCUGGACCUGGAGAAGGCUGUACCAGGACCAGCUGCUGGGGCUUCCAGCAAUGCAUCCUCUAGCCGCCAACUGGAGGAACGCGUUGACCACGUAGUGGCAAUGCUCGGCGACAUCAGCACCUUCGCUGCGCCGACCACCAUCAGCAGUCAGCUGCACAACGUCCAGCAGCUGCAGUCGACGAACGCGGAUGACAAUCCGAAGAUGUACAAGAUGCCAACUUUCCAACUGGACAAGUUCGACGACUACACGCAGCAGGAUCCGGUCCUCUGGUGGGAAGCAUUCACAACGCAACUCAGGAUUCUGCCAGUAGCCAAGCAUGCGUACAUCGGCGCCCUGUUCCUCAACUCGAAGGGCGGAUGCCAGACCUGGUUGAGCCACCUGGCAACCUCUCACGGCGUCGACGUACCGGACUUGAAGGACAAAAUCACAUGGGAGGAACUAACACGGCUGUGGAAGAAGCGGUUCAUCGUCGACAACGCGCCGGCACUUGCCAUCAACCGUUUGUUCACCAUGUCACAGGGCAACACUGCAACACGGGAUUGGCUCACGGAGUGGCAGAAGAUUGCGGCGGUGCCCAAUCUGGAAUUGGCAUUCACACAUCUACGCCGCGAGUUCUACAACAGGUCCUGUGCGGCAUUGAGCCAGGCUCUUGGUGAUCGCGAGCAGUACUCCACUUUCGCCGAGAUUAUCGACAAGGCGGGAGAGAUCAUCAAGACCAACAGGUCAGCUGCACACGAGAAAUCAACAUGGCAGCCGACCUAUGUGGAGAAGGUACGAACUGGUGGCUGCUGUCCAGCCGCGAAGCAACAACAAGUCCCGCAACAAUGGGAAGGCGAAAUCCGCAUCGCAGGCCAGAAAUGGACAGCCAGUACAAGUUCCAUGGGUCAAGUUCGGCUUGACCGAGGCGGAAUACAAGGUCCGCGGCCGCUACGGCAGCUGCUAUUGGUGCAACAGCACCAAGCACAAGACCUCCCUGUGCCAGGAUCAGGGCAAAGAGGAUGUGCGACCCCGCCUCAACUCGGGAAACUGAGUUCCGCGAAAGGUGAGGCGACUCCACCUUCUACUCCGCCAGAUUCGGCCGCCUUGCUAGCGGCCUCCUGCACAUCUGGGGAGAAUGCGAAUGUCGCAAGUUCUCGUUACACUUACGAGGACUAUGUUGUCCACUUGGUUCCACCGCUGGACCAACCGCUCCACGUGCAACAAUCCAUCGCAUGCACGGUUUCAUCACCAUCGGCAACCGAUUCGGCAGCUUCGCCACCAUCUAUCGCCGGGGAUUCAUCGUCAUGGUCAAGACUUGAGGUGCUCGACCCACUGACGUUCACGGACUUCCAGUGUAUGCCCGUUCCCUCGACUGGACGAUUGUCGAAACCGCAUUGCAAUGUGCUCAUGGCACAACUGCGGGAUUACUUGCACACUGCAGUACCAGCUCCGUUGAUGGACGUCGGAGUAGAGGUUGUCAACCUUCACGCUUACAUUGCGAAGAUCGACCGCGAGUUCAAGACGCAACGGUACGACGACAUCAACGCACCAUUCCUAUAUGUACGCAUUCAGAUCGGAGAGGUGACCUGCAACGCCUUGAUCGAUUGCGGAGCAUCUUGCAACCACAUCAGCCAGGACUUCAUGGUGCGCGCCAGCCUUGGCCCACGCGUCCGGAGGAAGUCCCAGCCUAUGCAAGUCACGUUGGCGGACGGUCACACGCACAAGUCAAUCGACCGGUGCAUUGACAACGUCCCAGUGUACUUUGCCCCUCACGCAAGUGAGGCGGUGUCCUUUGACAUUCUGGACACCAAAUUUGACAUGAUCUUGGGCAUGUCAUGGCUGCGAAGCAAGGAUCAUCCGGUGAACUUCUUACACCGCACCGUUCACAUUCGUGAUCGGAACGGAGUAUUACAGCUACGACAAGCCAAGUACAAGGCCAACCGCGACAAGUGCGAAUUCGCACGACAGGAGUUGGAGUACUUGGGACAUUAUGUGACACCGCAAGGCAUCCGUCCGAUCGCGGACAAGAUCGAGGCCCUACGAGUAUGGCCCGAGCCCACCAACACCUCGGACGUUCGUUCAUUCAUGGGAUUGGCGGGCUACUAUCAGCGAUUCAUCACCGGAUACUCGAGGAUUGCAGCACCUACGACGAGGUUACAGUCGCCAAAGGUGCCAUUCGUAUUCGAUGACGACGCACGCCGGUCAUUCCAAGCACUUAAGACGACCAUGCUCAUGGCACCCGUCCUCAGCAUCUAUGACCCCACCUUGCCGACGAGAGUGACUACGGACGCUUCCGGCUAUGGCAUUGGGGCAGUCUUGGAACAGCACGACGGCGACGACUGGCACCCUGUGGAGUAUUUCAGCCACAAAGUGCCUCCCAUCAACUCGCUUGAUGAUGCAAGGAAGAAGGAGCUACUCGCGUUCGUCAUGGCUCUCAAGCGAUGGCGGCACUUCCUCCUUGGGCGUCGUAGGUUCACAUGGGACAACAAUCCAUUGACCUACUACAAGACGCAGGAUACGGUGAGCAGCACGAUCGGACGAUGGAUGUACUUUAUCGACCAGUUUGACUUCACACCGAAACAUCUACCCGGCCUCUCAAAUCGCGCAGCAGAUGCACUCUCGCGAAGACCAGAUCUUUGCGCUAUGACACAUCAUGCCUUCGCAUUCGACGAGGAGCUUCAGCGACACUUCAUUUGGGCAUAUGAGUCUGAUCCGGACUUCGCCACGCUGUACGCACAGCUAUCGUCGGAUCACCCGCCGGCCAGCCACUAUCGCAUCGCCGACAGAUACUUGCUCCUCCACUCGAGAGGCAAGGACUUAUUGUAGGAAGCGAGGAUCACGGUCACUGAUGAUGUUCUCGGGGAGGCCGUGAUGGCAAGCAACAUCGUCGAAGAAGAGUGUGGCGACGUCCUUGGCACUGUGCGAGUUCAUGCAAGGGACGAAGUGGGCACGUUUGGUCAAGCGGCAGACAAUGACGUAGAUGCAAUCAUGCCCGCGGUCGGUCUUGGGGAGGCUGCACACGAAGUCCAUGGACAUGGACUGCCACCGGAUGGAGGAGACGAUGGUGUUGUCAGUGAGGAUGGUGAAGUAUUGCCCGUCGAGGUACGGGCGCCAAACUGUGAGGGUGUGAAUCACGGCGAGGAGUUCCUUCUCGUUGGAGGGGUGAUUCAUCUCCACGGGAAGGAGCUUCUUGCUUGCGAAGGUGAUGGGGUAUUCGCCAGGUGGAGCCUCGGGGUGAGUAGGCGAGUCCUUGAUGGAGGGGGUCUCGGCGGUGUCGCGGGGGAAAUGUUGGGACAGUACGGCUCCAAUGGCGAAGUCGGAGGCGUCAGUGGUGACAUAGAAAUGGCGAAUGGGGUCGGCGAUCUGGAGGACAAGGGCCGUGGUGUUGGUUUGCUUGCGUACAUCGAAAGCGUGUUGGCGGCGAUCGUUCCAAUGGAAGGGCUCGUCCUUGCGGUUGGCAAGGCCGAGGAAGGAACGGAGUCGGAGGAGGGUCUUAGGUGGGGGGUACUCGACGAGGGUUGUGACCUUCGAGGGGUCCAUAUGGAUGCCUUCAACGGAGACAAUGUGGCCGAGGUAUUCGACGCUCGAAGCGGCAAGCGUACAUUUGUUGAGCUUGGCCUAAGAUUUUUGCUCUUGGAGGAUCGAGAGGACUUGGCGGAGGUGUUGAAGGUGGGACUCGAAGGUGGGGCUGAAGACAAGGAUGUCAUCAAGGUAGACGACGGCACAGACUUCGAGGAGGUUACGAAAGAUGUGGUUCAUGGUAGAUUGGAAGGUAGAGGGGCCAUUGGUGAGUCUGAAUGGCAUCACGAGGAACUCGUAGUGCCCGAACCGGGAGCGGAAGGCGGUCUUGUGGGUGUCCUCGCGGAUACGGAUCUGGUGGAAGCUAGACGAUCAAGGAACUCGAAAAUCCGAGGUGUAGUCGAGUUGGUUGUUGUCCUCAAGGAGGUAGUUGGGGGGGAGUUGUGGCAUUGCGGGGUAAACCUCGAAGGUGACUUGGGAAUAGGUGGGACGGAUGGUGGGGAUGGUGGAGGUCGUCAUGAUGGGUUGGGGAAGGGUAUGAGAGUGUGGGGUGGAAAGAGGGGUGACAUGGAUGGGCAAGGAAUGAGGCGGUCACACGGUUGGAUGCUGGAGGAUUGGGCCAUGUUGGGGGAAGAUGGAGUGGAUGUGGUGGCUGAGGCGACGACUGCGGAUGAGGUGGAGGCAGAUGCAGCGGCAACGGCGAUAGCGGCGGCGACAGCGGCGGCUGCGCGUUGGGAGGUCUUGGUUUGGCGUGGUGGCAUGUGGAGAUGUAGGUGUGGCAGGGGUGGGGAUGGGGGUGGUAUUUACAACAUUAAUUGAUUUAUUAAUAAAUAAGUUUUUUUUUUGCCAAAACAAUAAAUGAAUAAUAUGGGAAUUA